AUGGCUCAGACUCUCGCCAUCAUGGUUGUGGGGAACUCAGGAGUGGGUAAAAGUGCUUCAGGAAACACCAUCCUGGGAAAAGAAGCCUUUGCAUCCAAAUUCUCCUUUGAGUCUGUGACAACUGAAAUCAGCGAGGUGACAGGACCAGUGUUUCAGAUACAGACCACAGUGAUCGACACCCCGGGAAUAUUAGGUUCAGAGGAGUUGAUAAGAACCCGCUGCCAGCAGCUCAUUCAGGCCAACGCUCCUCGUUUGUUCCUGGUGGUGGUUAAAAUCGAUCGAUUCACCAAAGAGCAGAGAGACGCAGUGGAAGCAGCCAUCAGAGUCAUCGGAGAACGGGAGCUGGAAAACAGCUUCAUGCUCUUCACCAACGGGGACGUCCUUACGAACACUACGCUGGAUGAGUUCAUUAACGUAAAAGAAGACAGCGCACUCCCACAACUCGUUCAAAGGUUUGCAGGAACACACGAGUUCAACAACAAAGAUGGAGGACAGGAACAAGUCAAACAGCUGCUGCUGAAGAAGGCCAUAACAGUGAUGCUGCUCGGUCUGCCUGGAGACGGGAAAAGUUCACUAGGAAACACCAUCCUGGGAUUACGAAAAGAUCGCUUCAAGUCAGACUGCAGCUUUGGAGUGGUCACUACUGAGAGCCAGUCUGAGACAGAAACAGUGGAUGAUCAUGUUGUCACAGUGGUCGACACUCCAGGAUUCACCCAAAAGUCUCUGAGUCCCAGAGCGCUGUAUAACGAGAUCGUAAAAGGACUGGAAGCGGCCCAUCCAGGCCCACAUGCCUUUGUCAUCGUGGUGAGAAUCGGAAGGAUCUCUGAGGCAAAUAUCAAACUGUUUGAAAUGCUGCCAAAACUUUUCAGCAACGAUGUAACCAGGUACACAGUGAUCGUCUUCACAUACGGAGACCAGCUGAAGGGUCAGGCUAUACAAACUUUGAUCCAGACUGAAGCAUCCAUACAAAAACUGAUCUCCAUGUGUGGUGAAAGAUAUUGUGUGUUCAACAACACAAUGAAAAACAACAGAGAGCAAGUAAGAAUCUUUCUGAAUAAAAUAGAUGAUAUGGUUAGAGUCAAUAGAGAGCACCUCUGCACUUCUCAGAUGUUUUACGAUGUUCAGAGCUUAUCCAUAAAAAUUCCUAUCAAGUGGGAAGAAUUUCUGAAAUGUCUGGAUUGCUGUCGAGGAGGCUACAGCCCUAUCGAAUAG